UGAAAAUCGUAAACUCAACACUUUGGAUGAAAUUUAUUUCAUUUUAUUGUGAAAUUCUUGGAACGCAGAAUUGCAUUCUUGGCUUGAGAAGUUUAGCGGAUGGCUUGAGUUUCAAUAAAAUUUUCCACAUUUUUUUUCGAUAUAUUUUUUCAUUUUCCGGAUUUAUUUGACCGGUUUUUUCAAAGUAUUCAACAACAUCAAGUGUCUAGCCAUCUAUUUUCUUGUUUAUGAUCUAAUUAAAAGUGAUAUAGACGUUUUUCUGUGUGUGUAUCGAUUUAAGCGUCAUAUGUGUUUGGCGUUCGUUUUGAAAUUAGCGGAUUGUAAUUUGAACUAAAAAAAACUUUCAAAAUGGCAAUGCUUGAUAAAUUGCGAAUUCGUGGUAUCCGAAACUUUGGCAUCCGUGAAGAAGAUGAACAGGAAAUAACAUUUUCGACGCCCGUAACAUGCAUUGUUGGUGGUAACGGUGCUGGAAAAACCACAAUUUUGGAAUCCAUCAAAUUUGCGCUCAUUGCAAAGAUGCCACCAUAUUGUGCUAGAGGUGUUGGAUUUAUUACCGAUCCGGAUAUUCUUGAUCUUAAUGAAACAAUUGGCAAAGUUGAACUCACUAUCAAGGAUACCAGUGGUAGAGAGAUAGUGAUCUCUCGUAAACAUAAAGUAUGCAAAGAUAGAAAAACAGGUUCAUCUGUUGAAUCAACCGUUUCGCAGUUUGAAAAUGGGAAUCAAACACCUCUGGAAAGAAGAGUCCUUGGUGCCACCGGGGACGUUUGCGACAUAAUGAAAGUUUCAAAAGCGAUAAUUGAUCAUGUGCUUUUUUGUCAUCAAGAGGAUGCCAGUUGGCCAAUCGAUGGUGAUUCGGUUGUAAAAAAAAUAUUUGAAGAUGUCUUCGAAACCGAUAGAUACAACAAAUCUCUGGAAAAAAUGAGAAAAUUGUAUAAAACAAAAAAGGAAAAAGAAAUUCCAACCAUACAAGAUAACCUAAAAGAUAUGAAACGAUUCAAAGACGAAGCCGACAAAAAGCAAGCAGAGCUCACGAAAAAUCUAGGCGAAUUAUGUUCGCUUCAGAACAAAUGCGAAACAUAUCAAACAGAGCUGAAGCCAUUGAUGGAACAAUAUCAAAAUGUUGAAGAAAGAUUAACACAGUUUUCGGAAAUUGCGAACGAAAUAAAAGUGACUGAAACUUCUUUAAGAAAUGAGGAAUGCACAGAAAGAAAACUAAGGGUAAAAAUAAAGAAUGUGUUUCAGGGCACCAAAGAAGAAUUGGAGCUGGCGAUCGAAUCAUUGGAAAAAUCUCAAUCGCAAAGUCAAAAUAUGUUACCUAACCUUGAGGUUGAAUUGACAAAUAAUCAACAUAAAUAUGAGCAAAUCAAAAGUCAGAUCCAAGAAAAAGAUCAAACCUACCAACAAAUGAGCCAAAGCCAUGAUCUUAACACAUUUUUAUGCAAUGAAAUUGAACGCUAUAAGAGCGUUUUUCACACCGAUUUCAAUAUCGUUCUCAAUGAAGAUUUCAAUGCACAAGAUGAUCGCAUCCAAAUUGUUCAAAUUGAAUUGCAAAACAGUGUUGAAGAAACAACAAAUCAAAAUGAUCAAGUUGACGCUGAUUAUGAGCAACAAUUGCAAAGUGAAUACGAAGCAUUGGCAGUGACCAAGUGUGAAGUUAAAUUACAAACCGACCAUCUGGUGAACUUGAAUCAAGAACUCGUAAAUCAAUGCAAUGAACUCCAAUCGCUUAACGAAUCUGAGCAACACUUGGUGGAAGUUCAAACAAAAAUCGAACAAAAUAUUACUGCGGUAGCUGAACUCAAUGCUUCAUGUAAUUUGCUUGAUGCAGAAUUCCUUACAAAACAUGAACAAAGACAACAUUUAACCGCUGACAUGGAGGAGGUCUGCGAAACACUCUUUUCAACAACAGACACUUCUUUGUCAGCGGACAAAGAAGAAAGCGCUAAAAAACGAGACGAUUUGAAAAGUUUGGAUAGUUUGAACAAAAGACGAAAGGCGUUAUCUGAACAAAUUGGAGCAUUGAACAUUGAACAAAAAAAUGAAAUCUAUCGAACAAAUAUGAGAAGUAUUUUUGAACUCCAGAAGAAAGAAAUCGAGUUGAGAAGACGUGAAUUUCAAUUGGAGAGCAAAGUAAAAAGAUAUAAUGUAUUGAAGUUCCGGACAGAAGAGCUUCGUGAACAAAUCAAUGUGAUCGAAAAUGAGAAGAAAGCUAAGGGACAAUCGUUGGGCGUGAUUGAAUCAAACAUCGAACAUAUCAAAGAAGAGCAACUUAAAGCUAAAAACAAUGGCACAGAAAAGCGGGAUGAGGCAAUAAAGCGUCUUAUGGAAUUGAAAAUGAUAAUAGAAUGCAUUACUCGUGUGUUGGAGAAGAAAACAUCGCUUGAAAAUUUGUUCUCUGAAAUUAAUCAACACCGAAUUGAAUUGGAUCGAUUGCGUACCGAUAAAUCCACACAGAACAAUGUAAUGAGAUUAAAUGAAAACAAAAUUAAGCAACUUGAAAAGAGCAUAACUAUUCAAAAAGAGCAAAGACUUGAUUUUGAAAACAAUGUCGAAUUGAAAGAUGUUCAAAGGAAAAUGAAAGAAACAAGACUAAAACUGCAAUCGUUGCGAGCAGAGGGAGCAACCGAUUUUGGACAAAUUGAUGCAAAAAAGCAAGAAUUCGCACAACAGAUUAACAAACGAGAAAAAUUGAAAAACCAAACAAAUGGACAAAUCAUGGAAAAAAACAAUACAAUUGAAAAUUUGAAAAUAGAGCUAGCUGACCCAAAAUAUAGUGAUUCUGAACGUAAUUGUAAAAUUGCCGAAUACGAAGUUUUGGUCCAGGAAAAGGCUGUAAAUGACCUCUCAACCUACUGCACAAAAAUGCAACAGGCGAUUUGUCAAUUUCACAAGAAAGCAAUGGAAAAAAUCAAUCGUUCAAUUAAAGAAUAUUGGCGCAGCGUUUAUAAGGGCAAUGACAUUGAUUCCAUCGAAAUUAAAACGGAUGAAGUGAAAGAAAAUUCGGGCCGCCGAAGUUUUACGUAUCGAGUGAUUGCAUCGAAAAAUGACAAACAGAUGGAUUUUCGUGGACAAUGUAGUGCUGGUCAACGUGUUCUUGCUUCGUUGAUUAUUCGACUCGCACUGGCUGAUACAUUUGCUGCCCAUUGUGGUGUAUUUGCACUCGAUGAACCAACCACAAAUCUUGAUAAGGCAAACAUUGAAUCACUAUGUGAGGCUCUUAAUCAAAUCAUCGAAGAUCGACGAGCACAAAACAAUUUCAUGCUAAUCAUCAUCACGCAUAAUGUGGAAUUUAUGAGGGCAAUGAAUGUGGGUGCAAACUUUUGGCGUGUUGAACGUCAUCCGGAAACAAAAAAAUCAGUGAUAAAGGAUAACGACGAAAUUGAUGAUGUGAACAAAGAAGCAGGGACUGCUUAGUUAAACAUUAAAUCCACAAUUAAAGGGCUAAAAAAAUAAUCCAUAAAGGGCAAUUAAACUUCCCAUUCACACAUACUUUUCCAUAGUUAAAAACCUUCAAGAAUGAUAUUUUUUGAUGAUACAAGCUUAAAACAUUCGAUUUUUUACGUCAAUUUUCAUUACGUUUUUUUAGUUUGAAAAUACUCAAAUAAAAAUUCAUUGAUUUCUUAAAGAAA